GGCGCGCGGCGCGGCGGGCCUGACGAGAUGACUCCGACCAGCCUGCUUAUAUUCAGCUCGCUGCUCACGCGUGCACUCGGUGUCAUAGCGCCGCAGCUGCCAGACUUCCAAACGGGCGACAAGAAGGUGAUAAACGGUCCGUUCUGGCAUGAGAUCUUUACGGAGAUCUAUGAGGAGGAAGAAGAUGUGUCCACGUCGACGCUGGAGCCGCUGCCCUUCUUCGAGGACGAGCCGUCGACGAACAACGUGACAGCACAAAUGGGGACGCACGUGCAUCUACACUGCCGCGUGCACGAUUUAGGCGAGAAGACCAUAUCAUGGGUGAAGCGAAAAGGAGACGACCUACACCUCCUCUCUUUCGGCCGCCAUACUUAUUCCGCGGACUCGCGGUACGCGCUGGCGUUCGAGCAGCCCAACGACUGGCGCCUGCUCAUACAGUACGUGAGUGAGCGAGACGAAGGAUACUACGAGUGCCAGAUCUCCACGCACCCGCCGCUAGUGAGGCGGAUACAUUUGACAGUUGUCGUGCCGAAAGUGGAGAUAGUGGAUGAGCGCGGGAAGCCUCUCCAAGACAAGUUCUACAAGGAAGGCUCCAUCAUUGAGCUGCGGUGCCUCGUCAGCGAGGUGCCAGAACCUUCGAGACAAGUCAGUUGGAAGCACAAGGGCAGGCUUCUGAACUUCGAUACAAAAAGAGGUGGUGUCAGUGUGAAGUCGGAGGCAACGGGCAACGGCGCGCUGUCCCGCCUCUACAUCGCCAACGCCAAUAGGAACGACUCCGGCAACUACACGUGUUCUCUCGCCGACGUCGCGACGUCCGCCGUCGCCGUGCAUGUGCUUAGAGGGGAGAAUCCUCUCGCGAUGCAGAGGGGCGGUGCGGCAACAUUGCACUCUACACUGAUAUUCUGCGCUUACGUUAGCUGACAUUUAGCCAGCGCACUUCUGCGCUAGACAUGCUGUAAAAAUUAGCUUAGACGUAAAUAAUAAUCCAUAGGUAUAAAGUAAACUUGUGGUGUAAUUGGUGGAA